UCGACCACCAUGACCUACGUCCCGGAGACUCCUCAACUGAAAAAACUCCAGGACACGCUCACCGAGCAGCCGUCGUUCUGCAACGGCAUCCUCGAGCUGCCUUCAGACCAGCUCGAGCUCUACUACGGUCGCGACAGCCCUCGCUACGUCGACUUCGCCAAGUCUGCUCUUCAGCCGGAUGCCGUCGCGCAGCUCGCGGCCGCCUGCCAGCCGGCGAUGUUUGGCAGAGGCGACGAGACCGUCCUCGACGAGACGUACCGCAAGGCAGGCAAGAUGGACGCCCACGACUUCGUCAUGCGCUUCAACGUGGAAGAGACCGGUCUCAUGCGUGCUAUCCACGCCCACCUACUGCGGAGAGAACGAGAGGGACGCAAUUCGAUCCGUGCGGAGCUGUACAAGCUCAACGUGUACAGCGAGGGCCAGUUCUUCAAGGCGCACACGGAUACUCCACGCUCCCAGGACAUGUUCGGCUCGCUCGUGAUCGUCUUCCCCACGCCCCACGAAGGCGGCACGCUCAUCCUCCGCGAAGACGACAAGGAAUGGGCGUUCGACUCUGCGACGCUCCUCGCUGGGCGCAACGAUGCGAUCGCCUACGUCGCCUUCUUCAGCGACGUUGAGCACGAGGUCGCCCCCGUGCUCUCCGGCCACCGCGUCACGGUGACGUACAACCUCUUCUACGCCCCUGCGGUCCCAUCCCCACACGAGCCGGCUGGGCUCACCGCGCGUGCCCCGGGGUGCGUCGCCGUCGACGCCAUCUCCGCAGCGCUCAUCGCACUCCUCGACGACCCCGCGUUCAUGGCACAAGGCGGUACGCUCGGGUUCGGGCUCCGACACAAGUACCCUCUUCCAAAGACGUGGAGUGCGGGGGACCCCGAUCCGCUCGGGAGUCUCGCGGGCUGGCUCAAGGGCGCGGACUACGCGCUCUUCCGUGCGGCGGAGACAGUCGGUCUGACGCCGCGCUUGCGGCUCCUUGUGUACACAAUCGAAUGGUCGGGCUACCGGGGGCAGACUGUGGUGUUGUCGCGCAUGCCGGACCUUGAUGGCUGGAUGGAGGACGAGCCGCUCUCUUCGCAGCUGGAGGGAACCAUACUAAGGACGAUGAAAUUUGGGAAGGAGGCAAUGGACGACGGGAGCGACGGCGAGGACGAGGACGAGGCCCACGUCAAGGGCCCGGAGAUCGCGGUGCAUUUCGUGACGGAGGCGUUUGGGCGGACCAAGAUGCGGGCACCGCACGCGACGUAUGGGAAUGAGGCGUCGGUCGAGUACACUUAUGCGUCGGUGUGCUUGCUGGUCACUGUCGGGGAGCCGGGGAUGCGAGGAGCGAUCGGAGAGGUUGCGAUAUAG